CGAGACUCCCGACCUUCCUCAUCAUCACCACACACGCGCAUCCAUCGAACACCCCAACCUCCACCAUCCAUAAAGUUAUCACUUUGAUCAGUGUAGCUACUUAUCUCGCAAUCCACCUGAAGCAACUUACACAACCACCGCGAUAACUCCGAUAAUCUCGCGACGAUCAAUACACUGCGGGGUAACCAGCCAAGCAUCCCAAGAAGCUGCCAAUCCCAACACCCAUCCACCAUGGGGCGAACCCCAAAUCCCCCAAAGGUCAAACGGCCCAACCCACUCAGCACCAUCAGGCCAAUUCGUGCCCCGACACCUGUGGCGCGCCCACCUCCUCCUGUCGGUCCCCCGAAGGCACGCAGACUAUGCCCAAACAAAACUUGCCCCGCGCCUAAGAUCGAAGAUGGGAUCUGUAAGACAUGCGGUACUAUCGUGGAGGAGUCGACGAUAGUGUCGGAGAUCCAGUUUGGAGAGAGCGCGUCGGGAGCGGCGGUCGUGCAGGGUAGUUUUGUGGGCGCGGGGUCGGGAGCGGCAAAGAGUAUGGGACCUGCGUUCCAGAGAGCAGGUGGGGGGACUGAAGAUAGGGAGAAGACGCUUAGAGAAGGGAAACGCAUUAUGCAAGGUUUCGCGGGUGAACAUAAGAUUCCGGAGUCGGUGCUCAAUAGUGGUGUGCAGAUCUUCAAACUUGCUGCUAUGAACAACUUCAUCCAGGGAAGGAGGAUGAACACCGUUGCUGCCGUUUGUCUGUAUACGGCAGCGCGUAAGGAGAGACCUUGUAGGGUCAUGUUGAUCGAUUUCGCAGACUCAUGCGGAGUCAAUGUCUUCAAACUCGGCCACACCUUCAAAGCCCUCCACCAAAAGAUCUCCAUCAGCGCCGACGGCAUCAUGCCCGUCCUCCCCGAAGACCUAAUCUACCGCUUCGCAACGAAACUCGAAUUUGGGCAAGACACCACCAAAGUCGCCGAAUCGGCUGUCCGCCUCGUCCAACGCAUGAGCCUCGACUGGAUGGUCAUGGGCCGCCGCCCCUCCGGCAUCUGCGGCGCCUGCCUGAUCCUCGCAGCACGAAUGCACAACUUCCGCCGCACCGUCAAGGAAGUAGUAUACAUCGUCAAAGUCACCACCGCAACCAUCCAAAAGCGUCUCGAGGAAUUCAAAGUCACAGCCAGCAGCGACCUCACCGUCGAAGAGUUCCUCAGCAACCAAUUCCUCGAGUCCGCGCACGACCCGCCCGCAUUCUACCAGCAAUCCGAGUCCUACAUCGCCACCAAGAAGAAGCGGAAGCGCAAGCGCCACCCCCUCGAGGGACCGGAGGGAGAUGAUGAGGAAUCAGAGAUCCAACGCAUUCUUGACUCCGCGUCUCGCCAGUCCAGCGUAGCAUCCUCCAUCGACCCAGGGCUAGAAAUUAACCCCUCCGGCGCCGUUCGCCGCGACGCUGACGGCUUCGCUGUCCCGCCCCUCCCGGCGGCGAAGGCAAUCCCCAUCGAUCCCGCCCUGCUAGAAAACACCGACAACGACGACUCCCUCAAUCGCCUCGUCGCGGAAUACGGUGAGGAUCUCCCCCCCGGCGACGGCCCACUCAAGACCUCCGCCUCGCCUGGGUCGCCGGGGAAAGUAAACGGGAAGGGGGCUACACCCCCUCCCUCGGCUAGUGCGAAAUCAGUAGUCGACCAAGCGUGGGAAGAGGACGAAGAGGAAAUCGAAGACGAGAUCUCGGAGAUGAUCGCUGACCCACACACCAUCGAGCACGCCAAGGCCUUCGCUACCGCUGAGCAGCGCGCCCGUGUCCACGCCAUGCUUGCCUACGCCCAGGCCCCCCAGGUAUCCAUCCCCAUGACCGCCUCAGUCGAUGAAUCCGAGUUCGCCGACGACCCCGAGGUGGCGAAUUGUCUUCUUUCCGAGGCGGAAGCAGCGAUCAAAGAGCAUAUCUGGGUUAACGCCAAUAAAGACUGGCUCCGCGACCAAGCCGUAAAACUCUACAACCAAAAAAUCGCCGAUAAAGCACCCAAAGCCCGACGCAACAGAGUCAAGCGCCCUCGUAUCGGGGAAGGACAAACCAGAGCGGCGAGUUCGCCGGCUGAAGCGGCGGUGGAGGUGCUGAAGGAGAGGACGUGGAGUAAGAGGAUUAAUUAUGAUGCGAUUAGAGGCAUCUUUGAGGGGCCGGGGAGUAAGGCUACGAGUGCGGCGCCGAGUGUGGUGGCGGAGGAGGAGGAGGAGGGGGAUGUGGAGAGUACGGCGGAGGAUUAUAGGGUUGAUGGGGAAGGGGGGGUGGGGAAUGAGUUGUUGGAGGAGUUGGAGGAGGAGGAGGAUGUGGAAGAGGAUGUGGAUGAGGGGUGGGAGGAGGGGAUGGAGGAUGAGGAUUUUUAG